GUGUAUAUUCGGUGUUUCCCACUCAUUACCCCGCAGGGUUUCAGGUCUACUGUGAUAUGAGCACGGAUGGAGGGGGCUGGACUCAUAUUGAUCUCAAAAGUCUACAAAAGAUGGAUGGCAACAACAUGAGUUGGCACCAGUGUUGUAGUCAAGUCACUAAACCUCGAGUCUGAGUCCAGUCUUGAGUCCCCAGUGUUCAAGUCUGAGUCAAGUCCAAGUCAUUGCAAAAAAUGUUGAGUCGAGUCCGAGUCAAGUCCACUAUUGAGCCAAGUUGAGUCCAAGAACAAGACUGUGGCAGCGGGGGCGUGGUCAAGCGCCGGUCUGUGACAGGAGGGCGGAGUCAGGGAAGGUAAGUGGCAGAAUCACUUCGAGCAAUUAACCUGUGUUUGUGUGUCUUCCCAGCAACCACGCCCUAUAUAAGGAGAGAGAGAGCAGAGGAAGUGAGCGCUCUCCCGCACCAGACGACUUGUGUGUGUGUGUGUGUCUGGGUGACUGAGAGUGUGUUUGACUGAAAAGUGAAACAAUAAAUAGUUUUUGGAACUCAGUUCUGUCCUGCCGUACUUCUGUGCUCCACCCACCUGCUCUGACCACUACAGUGGUGCCGAAACCCGGGAACUGGAGCACAGCAGCCUCACAGCCCCAUGGAGUCCUCCCCGUUUGCUGAACUAGUCCACGCCCUUGCCACGGCCCAGCAAAGCCAGCACCAGGCGCUACUCACCCUCCAAAAGGAGCAAGAAGAGCGGUUCGAGGCCCUGGUGUUGGCCCAACAAGAAGAUCGACAGGCGUUGAGGCACCUCCUCGCGUCGGCGGGGUCCACCAGCGCUCCUACUGCGGGCCCGUCUCCCCUCACUGUCACCAAGAUGGGCCCGCAGGAUGACCCCGAGGCGUUCAUCACGCUCUUUGAGCAAGUCGCCGAAGCCUCGGGGUGGCCGAUGGAGCAGCGCGCGGCGCGCCUCCUCCCCCUGCUCACGGGAGAAGCACAGCUGGCCGCGCUACAGCUCCCUGCCGAUCGCCGGCUGGCCUAUGCGGACCUCCGCUGGGCCGUCCUCCAGCGCAUGGGGUGCACUCCAGAACAGCAGCGCCAGCGCUUCCGCGCGCUGCGCUUGGAGGAAGUUGGCCAGCCGUUCGCGUUUGGCCAGCAGCUCCGGGACGCCUGCUGGCGGUGGCUGAGGGCCAACAACCACGACGCCGAAGGAAUCCUCGACCAGGUGGCACUGGAACAGUUCGUCGCUCACUUGCCAGCAGGAACUGUGGAGUGGGUCCGGUGCCACCGCCCGGCGUCGCUGGAUCAGGCAGUCGAGCUGGCGGAGGACCAUUUGGUGGCUGUCCCAGCGGCAGGACAGCAGAGGACAUCUUCUCUUCUCUCCUCUUCUCUCUCUCUCUCUCCCCCUCCUCCUGUGUCCCGUCCUCACCCCAUUCCCCCACCGCGGAGGCGGGGGCCGGCCCCACCCCAGCCGGCCCGCCGCACCCGCGGUGCCCUCCCGUUUCUCCCUUCUGUGUCUGUCUCUCCCCCACCUCAGGUGAGUGAAACCCAGAUCACCGGUGCAGAGGGAAAGCCCGGGCCGGUUGGCUGGCGCUGCGGGGAGCCGGGCCACCUUCAACAGCAGGGCACGACAAUGGAAGUGGGCGCGGUGGUUCGGAUCCCUGACGCGCCAGAGGCCGCCCUCGAUCGGGCCGGAGCGUAUCGCAUACCGGUGAGUAUCCAAGGGGCUACAUAUCAGGCGUUGGUGGAUUCUGGUUGUAAUCAGACCUCAAUUCGCCAAAGCCUGGUUCAAAACGAGGCAUUGGGGGGAGCACAAGGGGUGAGGGUGUUGUGUGUGCACGGGGAUGUUCACCGCUACCCUUUGGUGCCGGUCCACAUUAUUUUCAGAGGGGAAAAAUUUAUAGUGAAGGCGGCGGUUAAUCCUCGCCUUACCCACUCUUUAAUUUUGGGGACUGAUUGGCCGGGAUUUCGGGGUUUAAUGACGCGCCUAGUAGAGAGUGGGUCCUGCCAUUUGACAGGGGGAGGUCCCGGUGUUGCUUUGGCGGGAGCAGCUGUCACAGAGCCGUCUACGUCAUCUCCGCAUCAGAGUGAGGAGCCGCCGGCCCCUCCUCUCUCUAUUGGGGAAUCCCUCGCGGAUUUCCCAUUAGAGCAGUCGCGAGACGAGACUCUGCGGCAUGCGUUUGACCAAGUGAGAGUAAUCGAUGGUCAAACGCUCCUGCCGAACGCCACCCCGUCCUUCCCCUACUUCGCGAUUAUGAAGGAUAUAUUAUACCGAGUGACGCAGGACACUCAAACUAAAGAGCGAGUUACGCAGCUUUUAAUUCCAAAGAGCCGCCGGGAAUUGGUAUUCCAGGCGGCUCACUUUAAUCCCAUGGCUGGACACUUAGGGCAGGAUAAAACACUAGCCCGAAUAAUGGCCUGAUUCUAUUGGCCGGGGAUUCGCGGCGAUGUUCGUAGGUGGUGUACGGCAUGCCGCGAAUGCCAGUUAGUAAAUCCAGUGGCCAUUCCAAAAGCGCCUUUGCGCCCUCUACCGUUAAUCGAGACCCCGUUUGAGAGAAUUGGGAUGGAUCUCGUCGGGCCAUUAGAUCAGUCAGCACGAGGGUACCGCUUUAUAUUAGUUCUGGUGGACUAUGCAACGCGAUACCCGGAAGCAGUGCCUCUGCGCAAUAUCUCAGCACGCAGUAUUGCAGAGGCACUCUUCCAUGUCAUCUCCCGAGUCGGAAUCCCGAAAGAGAUUCUGACUGACCAAGGCACUACGUUUAUGUCACGAACACUGCGCGAACUGUAUGGGUUAUUGGGGAUUAAGCCGAUCCGCACCAGCGUAUAUCACCCACAAACGGACAGUUUAGUGGAACGGUUCAACCGCACCCUCAAAAAUAUUAUUAAGAAAUUCGUAAGUGAGGACGCACGUAAUUGGGAUAAGUGGCUCGAACCCUUGCUGUUCUCAGUGCGAGAGGUCCCCCAAGCCUCCACGGGGUUCUCCCCGUUCUAAUUAUUAUAUGGGCGUAAGCCACGCGGCAUCCUGGACGUGCUGCGGGAAAAUUGGGAGGAGGGACCUUCGCAAAGUAAAAACAAAAUUCAGUACGUUAUGGACCUGCGCGCAAAACUCCACACGCUCACCCACCUAACUCAGGAGAAUUUGCGGCAGGCCCAGGAACGGCAAACCCGCCUGUACAACAAGGGUACGCGCCUUAGAGAGUUCACACCAGGAGAUAAAGUACUCGUACUGUUGCCCACAUCGAGCUCCAAAUUGAUCGCCAAGUGGCAAGGGCCCUUUGAGGUCACACGGCGAGUCGGGGACGUCGACUAUGAGGUGAGGCGAACAGACAGGGGUGGGGCGCUACAGAUCUACCACCUCAAUCUGCUGAAACUCUGGAAUGAGGAGGUCCCCAUGGCGUUGGUGUCGGUAGUUCCGGAGAAGGCGGAAUCUGGGGCCGGAGGUUCAAAAAGGGACAUUGGCAUCACGUACCUCUCCGGUCCCCUGUGGAGACCACCUCUCCCCGACCCAACUCACGGAGGUCGCCCAGUUGCAGGCCGAGUUUUCGGAUGUGUUCUCGCCCCUGCCCGGUCGCACUAACCUCAUAGAACACCACAUAGAGACGCCCCCGGGGGUGGUAGUGCGUAGCCGCCCUUACAGGCUACCCGAACACAAAAAAAAGGUGGUUCGGGAAGAACUUCAGGCCAUGCUCGAAAUGGGCAUCGUCGAGGAGUCCCACAGUGACUGGAGCAGCCCGGUGGUCCUGGUUCCCAAGGCCGACGGCUCGGUCCGGUUCUGUGUGGACUAUAGAAAAGUCAACGUGGUGUCUAAAUUCGACGCGUACCCAAUGCCUCGUAUUGAUGAGCUGCUCGAUCGACUAGGCACGGCUCGCUUUUACUCGACACUGGAUUUGACAAAGGGAUAUUGGCAGAUCCCCUUGACUCCAUUAUCCCGGGAGAAAACGGCCUUUUCCACACCGUUCGGCUUACACCAAUUCGUCACACUUCCAUUUGGGCUGUUUGGGGCGCCUGCUACGUUUCAGCGGCUGAUGGACAGGGUCCUCCGGCCCCACGCCACCUAUGCGGCCGCAUAUUUAGAUAAUAUUAUCAUUUAUAGUAAUGACUGGCAGCGGCACCUGCAACACCUGAGGGCCGUCCUUAGGUCGCUGAGGCGGGCGGGACUCACUGCCAACCCAAAGAAGUGUGCAAUUGGGCGGGUGGAAGUACGGUAUCUGGGCUUCCACUUGGGCAACGGGCAGGUGCGUCCCCAAAUUAAUAAGACAGCAGCGAUUGCGGCCUGCCCGAGGCCCAAGACCAAAAAGGGGGUGAGACAGUUCCUGGGGCUGGCUGGCUACUAUCGUAGGUUUAUACCUAAUUAUUCGGACGUCACCAGCCCGCUGACUGACCUCACUAAAAAGGGGGCGCCAGACCCGGUCCAGUGGACGGAGCAGUGUCAGCGGGCUUUCUCUGAGGUAAAGGCUGCACUGUGUGGGGGGCCACUUUUACACUCCCCUGACUUCUCUCUCCCUUUUACAUUACAGACGGAUGCGUCGGACAGAGGGCUGGGGGCCGUUUUGUCCCAGCAGGUGGAGGGGGAGGCCCGCCCGGUCCUGUACAUUAGUCGGAAGCUGUCAGUGCGUGAGGGGCGCUACAGCAUGAUUGACAAGGAGUGCCUGGCGAUCAAGUGGGCGGUCCUCGCCCUCCGUUACUACCUGCUGGGGCGCCCUUUCACUCUCUGUUCGGACCACGCGCCCCUCCAGUGGCUCCACCGCAUGAAGGAUGCCAACGCGUGGAUCACCCGUUGGUAUCUGGCACUCCAACCCUUCAACUUCAAGGUGGUCCACAGGCCGGGGGUGCAGAUGGUCGUGGCGGACUU